GAACGCUAAAACAAAAACAAAAACACCGACAAGUCUAUUACGCGGGGCUCUGAUUAUGCCAGACUCUACAUUGCAUCGGUUGGGCGUACGGUCGGCAAGAAAAGAAGACAUCCGAGCUGUCAUCCCGACGAGCGAAGUAGUGUGUUGUGUUGCACACCGUACACACUACACAACUUAAUUUUACUCAAUCGUAAGCGCGCGCGCGGCACGGACGCAUGUCUUUUAUGCAUCGUUUCUCUGCUCCGUAAAACGAGGCAAAAUUCAAAACAAAACAUAGUGUAAAUUGUAAAUAAAAGUUGUUGAGUUCCAGUUGUAUUGUGAUGGUUGUUUUGUUGCAUUGAUACAGUGAUGACUUAGUGUAUUUUAUCAGAACUUGUUAAUAAUAAAAUAACUUUCCAAUGAACACAACAAGCCAUGUGACCACAGCGAGAGCGGACCAGUUAAAGUGAUGUGGGCUGUAGCCACGCUGCUCGCGGUUUACACGCUGCGGGCUACGGCCAUCUCUUGCACGGAGGCGCGAACACGCUGCGCAUACCGUACGGGCUGUGGCUUCGCUCUCAAUAACUACAUGUACCUGUGCGGAGACGUGCUCUCGGAACCGACCAGUGUUUGCCCCAAACCCUGCGAGCACGCUCUCAUCGCUCUAACAACAGCUGAAGAGGGCAAGGAGCUUAUGAACUGUCAAUGUGAAGAUGAAUAUUGCGAGGAAGCGAAGCAGAGGAUCGAAGUGUGCCGCUCUCAGGUGGUAAAGGGCGCGGCCAACGCGACCUCCUCCUGUCGUCUAUCGCAAAUGAUCUGUCUCGCCGACGCCCAAUGUUCCACUGCGCUGAGCUACUACCGUCAACUCUGUCGCUCUAUGUAUCGCGGUAGGAAAUGCUCCAACCGAUGCCUCAAUUCAAUCAAAAUAUUGAAAAAGCAGGAGAAAGCGGCAGCACUAACUGAAUGCAGAUGCGACGGAGAUGAGGACUUCGAUUGCCCCAGAAUGCAGAGUAAUCUCGCCAGAUUAUGCUUUCACAAACACCAAAAGAACCACACAAGUACACACAAGAAAGCACCGCACGAAACAAACACAUCGACAGCUACUUCUUUACAAUUUUCGACCUUCUUAUUGUUCAUUUGUUUUGUCUAUUGUUUUAGUAACACGUGACCGAUUCUAACUAGGUCUACCUCAUUUUAGUUUAUAAAGACAAUCCAUCAAAGUACAACGUAUUUUGUUAAAACUGUACAGAUCAGUAUUGUAAGUUAAUUUAUGCGUAGUUAUUAUUUUUAAGCGAGGAACAACAAGGGCGUAUAAAUGGAUUUUGAGUGUUUGAGUUGUGUGUUUUGAAUCGAAAAUAUUCUGUUUUAUUUAAGAAGUUUUGAGAGGUAAUCAAUCAAAAGUUUAACAACGAAAUAAAUUAGACUUUUUUACUAUAAUCACGUGAUACACAUAACUAUUUGUAGAAUUUGUAACUUGAAAACGUUUUAUUAAUCAACAGUUAAACCAAAAUAUUCUAAGUGUAGAGUUUACAAACACUAUUGGCUCUAUUACGUUUAACACCACACCAAUAUAAACAUUGAAACUAUCAAAGCGUUAGCCGAAAUCAAUUUCCAGUGAUAAUGGAGUAAUCUGUCUAUAUGUCCAUAAUUACGUCGACUUUUAAAAAGUUUCACUGCGUUAUGACCUCUCUAGUCUAAGUAAUACGGUCUGUAAUUGCGAUAAUGGAGGCAGAAUGCCAUGUGCGUGGUGACACGUGGGCGAAAAUGUAUAUAUGUCUAAAUACGUGCGCGUUAAUACAGAUAUCGAGAUAGAGCGGUGCUGCAGCCGCCCACGGGCCCACGGGCGCGCUAUAAAUAUGGCCGCGCCGGUGGUCCGGUGACAAAUGUUGAAUUGGAUGCCUGACGUUACGGCGCCGAGCUUAUUAAUUCAUCUAGUGUCCGCCGAAAAUCUCAAAAUUAGUUUCCACUGUCUAAACAUAUGUUUGAAACAACAUGCCCAUCCCUCUCUUGGUCUUUAAAACAUAGUAUAAGAACAUGUAACCCAAGUGUUUUAGAUGUGGUAUUUCAUCAUUAAAUCUGUGUUUGAUUUGUCGACUCGUACGUAUUGUUUGGGUUAUUUAUUUUGAUACAAACUGAAGCCAAUAUUUUGGCAAAAUUUAAAUGCUAACUUAUUAUUCUACAAUACGUAUAUUUAUCGACAAUGGCUGCAUCAAUCGUAAAACUGUUUUUAAUUUUUAAAUGAAAAAUCGCUAACUUAACUUUGGUAACCUACUAUUUUAAGUUGUUGUUGUCUUACAUCAAUCAAUACACUCCUGAAGCGAGAAAUGGAAUACAAAAUUAAAAACCCACUGACGGAAAAUUUAAGUCGGUCUGUAGUUAAGGAAGUGUCUGUCCUGCGGCUAAUUCCGGUAAGCGCGACACUAAUCGUUGCUCAGAUCUUGGACGCGGUUAGAGCGCGCGCGCGGGAUUCCGCUGUCACUUUGACAUUUCUUAUCUUUUUUUAUAACAUCCUUUUUCGAAACGCUCUUCUUUUCCGGCCACUCAUUAGCGUAUUUGUAAACGGGCAUAUUUUUAUCCAAUUAAGAAUAUAAAAAUAGGUUAUAUACGGAAGAAUAUUAAGCUAUAUUAAUUUGUAAGGCGAUAUCGUUCAUUAUUCCCCUUUCCUUCUCGCCCCAUACUAACGAAUUGUCGUAAUAUUAGAUUAAUAUAUCUACCAAUAAUAAGUUCUACUUAUAUGGAUCUGUUAAAAGCAACCUAAAUCUAAGAUAUAAAUUACAGCAAUUAUUAUAUCGCAGAAUAAACGUUAAUCUAUCAUGAAAAGUCGUUUUAAAAAUGAUCCAAUUCAAGACGGAGUAACUCAAGUUUUCUUAGUAUAUCCCAGAGAGCCAGUAAUGAAGAGCUAAAGAACCGGUUCUCUACAAAAGGGCUCGUACUCCAGCGUCGAGUAACUCUAUCCACAAACAAAAUGAAAACACAAUCUAACUGUUUUCGAACUCGUAAUUAAUUUUCGUCAAUAUUGAAUGACGGUUUGCUUUUCAUCUUGUACAGCGUUUAGUAAACAAGUUUGAAGUACAAAACUGAAAUGUUCGAGAUCGUAUCAUAUGUUUUCACUGACGGUGCAAUUGUACAAAAAUAUAAUUAUCUCUCCUUUUUAAAGAGAAUAAAAGGGAUAGAUGUGUUUUUCAUAGUUAAAAAUUCUCAUAUAAGAUUCAAUUGACCUGAGAAUCAAGGCCUUAUUUUUUAAUAUCUGAGAGCGAUAGCGAAAUUUAAAUCUUACUAAUAUUAUAAAUGCGAAUAU